GUCUUGGCAUCUCUUGAACAUCAUCCAGGAUCCUCCAUCAUUUUAACAUCCCAACUUCCUAAUAACCAGUUCCAUUUUUAUCUCUAUACAAAUGACGGUGGUACAGCAGGUCCGCCGGAUUGCCGUUAUUGGCGCUGGGCCAUCUGGCCUUUCUGCAGUCAAGUAUCUUCUGGCGGAGAAAUGCUUUGACAGAAUCGACGUCUUCGAGAAACGAAGCUCAGUUGGAGGGAUAUGGAACUACAGCCCUGGCAUCUUUAAGGAAGGUGUGCCGACUCCUGUGCCACAACUGAGCCCGAACGUGCCACUCGAGGAGCCUUCAUGGUCUGAGGGGGGGAGAGAUGCGACGUUCAUUUCGCCUAUCUACAAAGCCUUGGAUACCAACAUCCCAAAGGAAUUAAUGCGAUAUUCCGAUAAACAUUUUCCAUCUGAAGCGCAGGUCUUGCCCAACCAUACCACGGUCCAGAGAUAUCUAGAAGAAUAUGCAGAGGAUGUGAAAGACCUCAUUCAAUUGGAGACCCAAGUUCUCGACGUGAAGCAAAAUAACUCUGCUGUGGGCAGUUGGAACGUGGAAACGAAGAAUCUACGAACUGGAGAGACAACGACACACCCUUAUGAUGCCGUGGUUGUCUCCAGCGGACAUUUUGACGUUCCUUAUGUGCCAGAUGUUCCUGGUAUAAGUGAAUGGGAUCAGACCUAUCCUGGGCACAUUUCCCAUUCCAAGUGUUUUGACUCGCCGGAAUCCUUUAGGGGUAAGAAGGUGCUAGUUGUGGGAAGCUCUGCGUCUGGAAUUGACAUUGGCGCUCAGAUCAACACAGUAAGCAAAGGGAAAUUGCUGGUUUCGCAGCGAACAGAAUCCUACCUGGGACCUGUUUCCCCGGACAAGAUAUGCUUCCCUGAGAUAGUGGAAUAUCUACCACCGACUAGUCAUCAACGAGCUGUCCGAUUUGCAGAUGGCAGGGUAGAGGAAGAAAUCGAUGCCAUUGUUUACUGCACUGGCUAUUUUUACUCGUUCCCCUUCCUAUCGUCGCUUGAUCCGCCCAUCAUCACGAAUGGCCGCAGAACGUUGAAUGUUUAUCAACAUCUCUUUUACAUAUACAAUCCGACUUUGGUAUUUCCAGCCUUGAACCAGAGAAUCAUUCCAUUCCCGAUAUCUGAGAAUCAAGCGGCUGUCUUCGCCCGUGUCUGGUCUGGCCGCCUUACUCUUCCGUCCCAAGAUAAAAUGAAAGCCUGGGAGGAUGCGAAUGUGGCUGAAAAGGGAGAUGGGACAUCAUACCACGUCCUGCACUAUCCACAGGAUGCUGACUAUAUGAAUCUACUCUAUGAAUGGGCAGCCGAGGCUAUAAAACGCCCCGGCCUUGGCAAUGACGGAAUUGGAAAACAAGGUAAUCUUUGGGGAGAGAAGGAGAGAUGGUUAAGAGCGAUCUUCCCGGAAAUUCGAAAAACAUUUGUGGGGAAGGGUGAAGAACGAAGAACAAUCAAAAGCCUCGAGCAGCUUGGUUACAAUUUCAAUGAAUGGAAAAAAGCCCAGACGGACAACUGAUAAACGGGGAGUAUAUAUAGACAAGAUUCAACAAGCACUUGCAUAUAUAGACUGAAGAACAUGCAUGUAGUAUAUCAAACAAGCUAUAGUAAAUGAUGAAAUAGAUUCCUUUCAUUUAUCAUCGCCUUGAAGACUGCAAAUACAAUAUAGUGGAGUCGGU